GUUUCAUGUCUCUCUUGUAUGCCUGCUCGUACUGUACUUACUCGUAUAGAUUACUACUGUAGACUGUAUGUAGAGCGCAAUUUUAAAAUAAUUUGAAUCGCGCAAUUUUUCCUCAGCUGCAGCAUCACAAAGCUGCGAAACACGACUCCUCAAUUUGCAUCGCUCGCGCUGGUGUAUCGUUCCGGAUUUCUUUUCGGAUGUUUUUACAGCGUCGGAGCCUCCAUAAUUGCGUUAUGUAGCUCGCCCAACUGGAGUUUGUGUGCUAUCUGACACGAUAAGCGGAUUCUGGAAGGAAAUUGUGGACAUUGUUGAUGUUGUUGUUGUUGAUUAUGGUGUAAACUGACAGUCUAAUUGUACAUGAGCAACGAAAUGGUGUAGCUGCUUAUUCUCAGCCAAGGAUCUAUGUGAAAAUGGUGGAGGACAGCGAUCCGUCAGCGUUAACCAUCCACCUGCAGUGUGGAUUGGUGCGGGAACAGGUGACAACCAAGAUUUCCGAAUUAACUUUGCAGACGCUGAAGGAGCUGGCCUGUUUGUUUGUCAAUCGCAAAUUCCAGAACCAUGGUCUGGGCAGUUUACAGUCCCGUCUGUUGUUAUUCCGACAUGAUCAUUCCACGGAGAAUAUCCUGCAGCGAAUUCACGGCAUUAACGAAAUCAGCGACGGAUGUUUGAUCGAGGUACUGGUGUCCGCCAAUCCCCCUGCGGCGGCCGACGGGGUGGAAAUUCGGCCUCACAGCUUGCUAAUUCAUUCGUACAAAUCUCCGACAUUUUGCGACCAUUGUGGCGUGAUGCUGUUCGGUCUUGUACGCCAAGGAUUAAAGUGCGAGGGCUGCGGGUUGAAUUGUCAUAAAAAAUGCGCCUACCGAAUUCCCAACAACUGCUCGUAUUCGCGCAAAAAGCCCCUGAAUCCCACGAUCAGCUUUAUUUUUCCGCCCACUAUGCCACGCUCAUCCUCAGAUUCUGGAGAUAUCCGGGCGAAAGAGGAGCCCAACGGGAAUCUAAAAACCACCGUAUCGUCAUUUCCGCAGAUGGUCUCCAGUCCGUCCGCCCCGGGCAGUCCGAGUUUGGGGGGUGGACUGGCGCCAGGUGGGACGCGGAAAGAGCGCUCGCCGUCCAUCACCGGUCGGCCGUCCAUUAUCGACAUUAUCAUGUCCAGUCGGAUACAGGUGCCGCACACCUUCCUCAUACAUUCCUACACGAAGCCGACUGUGUGUAAACAUUGCGAGAAGUUGUUACGGGGACUGUUCAAACAGGGUUAUCAGUGUAAGGAUUGUAAAAUCAAUGUCCAUAAAAAGUGUGUCCCCCUUGUGGGGCACGACUGCAAGGGUGAGCCCCCGUACAUCGAUCCCGAAGCGGAGGAUAACAGCGUCGACGCCGAUUCGGAUCAAGAAAAUAACAGUGUUUUUAGAGACGUGGCACCGCCAAGUCCCGAUGUUAAUCCGCUGAUGCGAACGCCGUCCAAUGAAGUUAAUCAUGUUACCCAGUCGACCAACAUUCCCGUCCAACGUGUGGUUCAGUCCAUCCGUCACACUAAACGGCAGGAUCAAACGCCGCUGAAGGAGGGUUGGCUGAUCCACUUUACGAACAAAGAUACUAUGCGGAAACGCCACUACUGGCAGCUGGACAGCAAAACGAUUACUCUUUUCAAAUCGGAACAUGAUUCGAAGUUCUACAAGGAACUGCCUCUCUCGGAUAUUCUGGGUAUUGAGUUCGGGAGUCAAACGCCGGCGCCUCAUACGUUUCAGCUGCGGACGGAGAAACUAGUAUAUUAUGUGGGGGAAAACAGCAGCUCGGAAGGUGCCUUGGAAUGGGCUCGGGCGAUUAACAAAGCCUUCAUGCCGGUGGCCGCAUCCUCUAGCGGGAACAACAUGGCUACGGGUCCCGGUGUGCCACGGGUGGUUGUCAAUGAUGCCACGGAGGUCGGAGUUGGAAGUGUUGGAGGCGACACAACGGAAGACAUCCAUAUGCUCUACCAAAUCUUUCCAGAUGAAGUUCUUGGAAGCGGGCAGUUUGGUGUAGUGUAUGGCGGUGUUCAGCGGCAAACAUCCAGACAGGUAGCGAUUAAGGUAAUCGAGAAGCAGCGUUUUCCAAACAAACAAGAAGAACAGUUGAAAACCGAAGUGGCCAUUUUGCGCUCUUUGCGGCAUCCCGGCAUCGUCCUGUUGGAUCGGAUGUUUGAGAACAAUGAGCGCAUUUUUGUGGUCAUGGAAAAGCUGCGAGGCGACAUGCUGGAGCUGAUUCUGAGCAGCGAGAAGGGCCGUCUGAAUGAGCGUAUUACGCGUUUCCUCAUCUUCCAGAUUUUGGGCGCCCUACGCUACUUACAUUCCAAGAAGAUUGCCCAUUGUGAUCUGAAACCGGAAAACGUUCUACUGGCGUCGGACUCGGAUUUCCCACAGACCAAACUGUGUGAUUUUGGGUUUGCCAAGAUUAUUGGUGAAAAGAGUUUCCGUCGGAGUGUUGUCGGUACACCGGCCUAUCUGGCGCCAGAGGUCAUCCGGAACAAACGGUAUAACAGGAGUUUGGAUAUGUGGUCGGUCGGAGUCAUCAUAUAUGUCAGCCUGUCAGGAACUUUCCCCUUUAACGAAGACGAAGAUAUUAACGACCAGAUUCAGAACGCGUCGUUCAUGUAUCCCGCCAAUCCUUGGUCGGAAGUAAGCAAAGAAGCAGUGGAACUCAUCAAACACCUGCUGGUCAUUAAGAUUAAGGAUCGCUUCACGGUCAGCAAGGCCAUGGAACACAUAUGGCUUCACGAUUAUCAGUUGUACUGCGAUUUGCGCCAGUUAGAAAGCGACGUCGGCUCGCGGUAUUUGACACAUGAGAGCGACGACACGCGCUGGGAAGCAUACCGCAUCAGCCGCAACUUACCGCUCCCGGCGCCAGCGCAGCCCGAUUUCUUCAUGCGCAGCUACGAAAACGACGACACAGUCCCGGAGGAAGAAGAUCGUUUGUAGAUGGAAUUUCUGCUAAGCAUGUUUGUUGCAGGUUGUGGUUUUGAAGUUUUUACAAUUUCCAUGUUUUCUUGUCCAGAAUGUUCCGGUUAUAUUUUUACCGAAAAGUUUAUUUGUUUUAACCUGGGUUGCGAUAUCGGUCGAGCCGUUUUCCCACUUGUCUUUGUCACGCCGUUUCCAGAAAUGAAUCUUAAGUGGCGGGAUAUGAAUACUGCAGCCUUCGUCUUGUUGGAGGAUUUUAUCUGUUAUAUUCUCUGGUUGUUGAUCCGCGCUGUUUUAAGUGGUCCAAUUGGAAAUUCCAGUCCGUUCUUUUUUCUGACUGAUUUAAAAUGCGAUUUUUUGUGCACUGAAUGUAUAGCGAAAGAAACGUGAAUUAUUUUUAUUUUAACCUGGAUAUAUUUAUCAAAAUCUGUUGUAAGGAACGCUUUGUCAAAGUUUCAAAAUUUGUACCGUUGUAACAGGGCGUUGUAUCUCA